UUGAUGAACAAAUUUUAAUUAAGUUGAAACCGAAUUUCAAAUUACCGGAGUGUUGUUAACACCUAUUAAUGUUUUCUCAAAACCCAUAAACCUCAUCUGUUUAGUUUAUGAAAGCAAGUGAGAGGAAGGAAAAGGAGGAGUUUUGAUGGAAGUCAAGAGUUUGAACUUGAUAAACCUAUUGCAAUCUUGCAUAACAAACAAAUCACUAUCUUCCGCUAAAAUCAUCCACGCUCGAAUCUUCCGUUUCACCCUUUUCUCCGACACAUUUCUCUGUAACCACCUCAUAGAUCUCUACUCAAAAUGCAAUCAAAUCACUUCCGCACACCAUGUGUUUGACAAAAUUCCCCACAAAAACAUCUUCUCAUAUAACGCCAUUUUAUCCGCAUUUUGUAAAUCCAACAACUUGCAAUAUGCUUGUCGUUUGUUUCUUCAAAUGCCGGAAAGAAAUACAGUUUCUUUGAACACUAUAAUCACCACUAUGGUGAAAAAUGGAUAUGAAAGACAAGCAUUGGAUACUUAUGAUUUGAUGAUGGUAUAUGAGUCGGUUAAACCUUCGCAUAUAACGUUUGCUACUGUUUUUAGUGCUUGUGGUGGUUUAAAAGAUGUAAAUUGUGGUAGAAGAAAUCAUGGGUUGGUGUUAAAAGUUGGCUUUGAUAGUAAUAUUUAUGUGAGUAAUGCUCUUUUGUGUAUGUAUACGAAGUGUGGAUUAAAUGAGGAUGCUUUUCGUGUUUUUGAGGGGAUUGUUGAACCGAAUGAGGUUACUUUUACUACGAUGAUGGGUGGAUUAUCACAAACGAAUCAAGUUAAAGAAGGUUUGGAGUUGUUUAGACUUAUGUUAAGAAAAGGGAUUUGUGUUGAUUCUGUUUCGUUGUCUACUAUCUUGGUUAUUUGCGCAAAAGGAGUGUCUUUUGGUGUUUGUGAUGAUAGUCGUGGUUUAUCGACUAAUGCACAAGGAAAACAGAUACAUACUCUCGCGGUUAAACAUGGGUUUGAGAGAGAUCUUCAUUUGUGUAAUUCUUUGCUUGAUAUGUAUGCUAAAACUGGGGAUAUGGAUAGCGCUGAAAAUGUUUUUGAAAAUUUGGAUAAGCACAGUGUUGUUUCUUGGAAUAUAAUGAUAUCUGGGUAUGGGAACAGAUGCGACAGUGAGAAAGCUCUUGAGUGUUUUCAAAGGAUGCAGUGUUGUGGAUAUGAACCAGAUGAUGUUACUUAUAUUAAUAUGCUGACAGCAUGUGUUAAAUCUGGGGACGUUAAAGUUGGGCGUCAAAUAUUUGACUGCAUGUCGAGCCCGAGUUUGAUUUCAUGGAAUGCCAUUCUUUCGGGUUAUAACCAAAGUGCAGAUCAUGGAGAGGCAGUUGAACUGUUUAGAAAGAUGCAGUUUCAAUGGCAGAAUCCUGAUAGGACUACUUUGGCCAUCAUUCUUAGUUCAUGUGCUGAAUUGGGACUUCUUGAGGCUGGAAAACAGGUUCAUGCUGUUUCUCAAAAGCUUGGAUUUUAUGAUGAUGUGUAUGUUGCAAGUAGCCUUAUUAAUGUGUACUCGAAAUGUGGGAAAAUGGAGGUGUCUAAGCAUGUAUUCAGUAAACUGUCUGAACUAGAUGUUGUUUGUUGGAACUCAAUGAUAGCAGGGUUCUCAAUCAAUUCUCUUGAACAAGAUGCUUUGGCUUGUUUUAAACGGAUGAGACAAUUUGGCUUCUUUCCUUCCGAGUUUUCUUUUGCUACCAUAGCAAGCUCUUGUGCGAAACUUUCCUCCUUGUUUCAAGGACAACAAAUCCAUGCUCAGAUUAUAAAAGAUGGUUAUGUAGACAAUGUAUUUGUGGGGAGUUCUCUCGUUGAAAUGUAUUGUAAAUGUGGGGAUGUAGGUGCAGCCAGAUAUUAUUUUGAUAUGAUGCCUGGUAAAAAUAUUGUUACUUGGAAUGAAAUGAUACACGGUUAUGCACAUAAUGGUUAUGGUCUUGAAGCUGUAUCCCUUUACAAGGACAUGAUUUCAUCUGGUGAAAAACCUGAUGAUAUUACUUUUGUUGCUGUAUUAACUGCUUGUAGCCACUCGGCAUUGGUAGAUGAAGGGGUUGAAAUAUUCAGUUCAAUGCUACAAAAAUUCGAAGUGGUGCCAAAGUUGGAUCAUUAUACUUGCAUCAUAGAUUGUCUAGGCCGAGUAGGGAGGUUUAAUGAAGUGGAAGUUAUUCUAGAUACCAUGCCGUAUAAAGAUGACACAAUUGUAUGGGAGGUUGUGUUAAGCUCAUGCCGUGUUCAUGCUAAUGUGAGCUUAGCAAAAAGAGCAGCUGAGGAACUCCAUCGACUGAACCCACGAAAUUCUGCGCCUUAUGUGCUUCUUGCCAACAUGUAUUCUUCUAUGGGAAGAUGGGAUGAUGCACAAGUUGUUAGAGAUCUUAUGAGUGAUAACCAGAUACAUAAGGAUCCUGGUUAUAGCCGGAGUGAGUUCAAGUAUGAUGUGCAAAGCAUCAUGUAAAACAAACUGACAGUUUUUUCGUGCUUGGAGAUAAACUCAAUUCUACAAGAUCUCAUUAAUUUCUACAAAAGGUGCUGUGCUCUCAAACCACAUCUACGGAGAGAAUUUAUACGGUUCUAAAUUUCUAUAUCUCCUUGAAGAUGGUUAAUAAUUGUCCUGAAGGUACUUUAGUAAGUACUGUCUGAAAUCCAACUCACUGACUGCUUACUAAAAUGGAGUUUCAUGCCAUAUGUAUCACUGUACUUGUAUCAUACAUUGUUUGAAGCUGAUCAAAACAGGGCAGUUUCAUGAAAUUAGAAGUCAUUCAAGAUUAUGAGAGGUUGUGUUAUGAUCGUGCUAUAUUCAUGCUAACUUGAGCUUAGCAAAAAGAUAAGACGAGUUUUUUUGCCAACAUGUAUUCUUGUUUCGGAAAUUUGGAUGAUGCACAAUUUGUUAGAGAUCUUACGAGUGAUAAACAGUUCUAUAAGGAUCCCUCGCUUCACUAUCCAUUCUGUAAAACAAACAAUAAUGAUGUAUUGCUUGGCUAUAAACUCAACUAUACAAGCUAUACAGUGUGAGUGUGAGCUCUCAAACCGUCUCUGCUGAGAACUUAAUUUCUUCAACAGUUGCUCUUGUUGAGUGAAACUGCCCCAAGUUAAUAAGGAUUAGUUUCACUAGCAUUGAUUUCUAUUUUCUAUAUAUCUCCUUGAAGAUGGUUAAUAAUUCUCCUCAUGGCAGCACUUUGAUAACUAUCAGUGGAAGUCCAACUUAUGUUUGCUUAUUAAACUGGAGUUCCAUACCAUCUGGAUUACAUAUUUCAGAUGUAAGGUUGUAUAGAGUUUAAACUAAUUGGAAAUUUCAUGUAACACUUAUCUUGAACAAAUUACUACCUGUCAAUUUUUGAAGGCAGAGUCCUGUACUAUUGUUGAUUGUCACCUUUCAUAUCUCUAAAGAAUUUCCUUAUGCAGA